CUCAUUUACAAUGGAAAAACUCCUGUUCGUUGUAAGAUCACUGAUGGAAAGGUUGGGCAUAAAUUUGGAGAGUUUGCUUUUACACGGUCCUCGAAAACAAAUAGAGUAAAGGGAAGAAAGGGGAUAAAUCCAGUCUAAGCGCCAUAUGGCACGAAAAGGAAAUCCGAUUUCGGUAAGACUUGAUCUGAAUCGUAGUUCAGAUCCAAGUCGGUUCAGUGAGUAUUAUUAUGGUAAAUCAGUCUAUCAAGAUGUCAAUCUUAGAUCUUAUUUCGGUUCGAUACGUCCACCUACAAUAUUGACCUUUGGCUUUCGUCUUGGUAGGUGUAUUAUUCUACAUUUUCCAAAAAGGACAUUUAUUCAUUUCUUUCUUCCCCGUCGACCACUACGACUGAAACAACCCGACAAAUCAAGACCCGGAAAGGUUUUGGGCCGGUGGUGGGCAUUUGAGAAAGUCGGGCCGAUCAGGUGUCUUUAUUCAAGCGAGGGUAAAGAGGAACAACGAAACGAAGUCAGAGGCCAGGGGGCAAGGAAAAGAGUGGAGUUGAUAAGGCUCUUAGACCGGGAUAAGCAAAACUCAAUCCUUAUUUGGCCGAAAAAGAAGCUAAGCUAUGGAUACCAUGACCGAUCACCAUCGAUAAAUACUCCUAUUUCUAAAUUACUUCGGGUCAGCGGGGCGCAUCCUAAAUACUUAGGGGUUGUAAAUAACAUAGCCUUGAAGAUGGAGAAUUACCACUCCUCCAGAAGAACUCAGUUAUUCAAGUUCUUUUUACCAAAGAAGUACCGCGGCCCGACGCGGACCCUCCCAGCAGCAGCAGUGCGUCCAUCCUUUCAUUAUUUGGUUAUGCAAUACUUAUUGAAUACAAAGAACAAAAUGCAUUUCGACCCCGUCUCCGUUCUCAAUCAUUUCGUGGCACCGGGUUUGGCUGAACCAUCUACUUUGAGGGGAAGUAAGGCAGGAAGCAACUUCGAAAGGAGAAUACGCUCUCGCAUCGCUUUUUUAGUAGAAAGCUUUACCAGCGAUAGAAAGUGUCUUGGCCAAGUCAAAAGGAGGUUUCUCCACUUAAUUAGCUUGGCGAAUGAUCUUCGCUUCGCGGGAACAACAAAAACAACCAUAUCACUCUUUCCUUUCUUCGGUGCUACCUUUUUCUUUCCAAGGGAUGGAGUCGGGGUGUAUAAGAACCUCUUUUUGGACAAUGCCCGGGAACAACUCCUAGGUCAAUUAAGGAUCAAAUGUUGGAACCUCAUGGGUAAGGCUCCCAAUGCUAUAAUUUCAUUAAUGGAUAAAUUAAUGGACCUCGGUGAUAUUAGAGAAUUAAUAAAAGGAAUAGAUAUUCUGAUAGAGAUCAUACUGAGAAAGAGGAGAAUUCCUUACGGGUACAACUCUUAUUUGAACGAAGUGCACAAAAUGCGAUAUAAUCUGUUUCAGAGAACUCAGACUAAUACCUUAAUUGAGUCGGUCAAGAUCAAAUCCGUUUGUCAAAGUGCUUCUCUGAUUGCUCAAGACAUCUCUUUUCAACCGAGGAACAAUCCAAUCUCAUUUCGUUCCAUUUUUAGUAAUAUAGUCAAGGAGAUUCCCUUAAUAAUGCCUAAAGGGGUGGAGGGGAUACGUAUUAGUUGUUCAGGUCGAUUAGGAGGUGCGGAAAUAGCUAGAACUGAAUGCGGAAAGUUUGGAAAAACAUCUCCUAAUGUAUUUAACCAGAAAAUCGAUUAUGCUCCCGCUGAAGUCUCUACUCGUUACGGAAUUUCAGGUGUCAAAGUGCGGAUCUCAUAUAGUAUGAAAAAGAAGGGACGUGCUACAUCCGAAACGUACAAAAUAUAAUAAAUCUAGUAAAAGCAGAUGUAGUAGGGGUUGCGAACCAGACGGUACACAACUUCGUUUUGGAAGAUAUGGCACCAAAAGUAGUGAAGCAGGUCGUCUUUCAUAUCGAGCCAUUGAAGCAGCGCGUCGGGCUACAAUCGGACAAUUCCAUCGUGCUAUGAGCGGACAAUUCCGAAGAAAUGCUAAGAUAUGGGUCAGAGUUCUCGCAGAUCUUCCUAUUACGGGGAAACCUAUAGAAGUUCGAAUGGGAAGAGGAAAAGGUAAUCCUACGGGUUGGAUUGCUCGUGUGUCUACGGGACAAAUCCCAUUUGAAAUGGAUGGUGUGAGUUUGUCAAAUGCUCGACAAGCCGCUACAUUAGCAGCGCAUAAACCAUGUUCGUCAACCAAGUUAGUUAUGUGGUCGUAACGUAAUUGGUUAGUGGAGGGCGUCGUUGCUUGGCUCUUUUUCAUCGCCGAAAUUCGUAGACGAACCCUCUUUUGUUCCAGGCGUACGACCCUGAGACGAGACGAGACGUAACCGAUGUCACUUUUACGGCCCUCCAGACAGUUACUCAAGUAAGAAUAAGAAAGAGAAGGAAGAG